UAUAUGCUAGGAAGUUUUGGACUCGGCUAUUCAAUCAAGCAAAACAACACCAAACAAAAACAUGACCAAUCUCUUACAUCUUUUCCUCCUCCUCCUCCUCCGCUCCGGCUUCAGCUCGGGUGGCCCUCUCUACCAUACCUGUGGCCUCAGUAACUACACUUCCAAUAGCGACUACAAAUCAAACCUCAAUCAACUCCUCCGCAUCCUCACCUCCACCAACUCCUCCUUCACCACCAACACAACUGGUUCGACCCCGAACACCGUCUACGGCCUCUUCCUCUGCCGAGGUGAUGUCGGUCUCUCCAAUUGCCGCGCCUGCAUCCAAAACGCCACGAAAGACAUCGGCUCCCUCUGCCCCAGCUCAAAAAAAGCCACAGUCUGGUAUGGCAACUGCGAGCUCCGAUACUCUAACCUGCGCUUCUUCUCCUCACUCAACUACAACGGCUCUUACUUUUUGGCCAACCUGAAGAACGUUACCAAUAAUGUUCGAGGUUUCAUCAGGUUGCAGAAGGAGCUUCUAGAUGAUAUUACAAGCUACACCGCCUACAACUCUCCUACUAUGUUCGCCACUGGGACGGCGAUGAACGAGACCAACAGCAACGCCAGCUUCACGCUGAGUGGACUGGCACAGUGCACGAGGGACCUGUCGGCUGAAGAUUGUGGUCAGUGUUUGAUAGUGGCACGGGCCAUGUACACUGGUUCUGAAGCAAGCACAGGGAGGAGGAUUAUUACCAAGAGCUGUAAUUUUAGGUAUGAUAUGUAUGGGUUUUAUCAAGGGAAGCCGGAUGUUCUGCUUAAUCUCACGACUCCAGUGAAAACGUGGACUCCGCCGCUUGCUCCGGACACUCAGGCUCCAGUUAGAGAAGGUAUAUAUUGUUGGGAUUCUGUCUUUAAUUCUUUGCGUAACUUCAUGAAAAUUAGAUAG